CUCUUCAUAUUGGAGGAUUUUGUGAUUUCGGCACCAACUUUGAAAAAAAUAAACAUGGAAACACAAUUGUCGCAUUUGCCCGAUUCUGGAAACCCAUGGGCUAAUCAAGAUAAAUCUUUGACAGCUCUUAAGAAAGCCCUUCUCCUAGGAGAGAGGACUGGUCACGUUGCAAAUAGAAGUGAGUAUGAAGAUGAGAAACUGGAUGAUGAAGCCCAUAGUCAGCUGCCAUCAAUUAAACUCAUACAGGUGUUAAAAAAGAUGAGUAAGGCAAAGGCAGAACUGAACAAGAUAAAUUUUGAGAUCCAGUGUCGUAUGCAAGAUAAGGAAACAAGAGAUAUAACCCAUUUAGACAUUCUUGAGAAGAGGAUAGCAAAGAUAAAAAGUUUAAACAGUCAUAUUGAAAGUGUGAUAGAGAGCAAAGAUCAGCUGAUACAGCGUUUACAGCAGCCAUUCCAGGGAGACUACCUUAAACUUGAAGCUCAGUACCACAAAUUUGCUUGUGAAGUGUUCCCACAGAUAACUCCACUUCUAGCAGAUCUCACAACAAACCUAGAGAAUAUUGUCUGGGCAAAGUCGCUCUCACUCAAGGAUGGAAGACUUGACGCUAUGAUAUCGGAGUUAUGCAGUACCCUCAGUGCCAUGCAGACCAGUUUCCAGUCAUACUGCCAAAUACAACAAAGUAUGGGACAGUUACAUAGUCUACAGACAGGAAUGUUACACUCGACACAUAUAGAUACAUAGUGAUAUAUAGUUUAAUGUGCAAACUUUGUAAAUAAUAAUUAUAAUCAUUGAUGAUUCUAUCCGUUAAUGGGCAAUUCUAGUUAGGCUUGGGAUUCAGUCAAAAAUCAAAAGCCUGAAAAUGUACAUUUUCAAGCCUGAAAUCCCUACUUUCAAUACAGUUAUACAGUGUAACUUCCGAAAACCGUACGACCUCCGGACCGGCCUAAAAGUUUGGUUUCCGGAAUUGAGAAGUUUGAAAGUUUGUAGGCAAAGUAGAUGUGGUGCACAAGAGUUAUGUUUUCUUACACGUAGGAUGAAGGAGAUUAUUAUCCUUUUUAAUUUUACAAUUUCAUAUAAAGAAAUUAAUCAAUUAAUUAAUUAAUUACAAACAUUAAGGACAAUAAAUACAUAAAUAACAAAUAUAAAAAGAAACAACACAUCUUUAAUAAUAGCAUUUACGCAAACAUUUUCUCGGGAGUCCCGAGUUCGUCAACAUUAAAUUUUAAUUAAUGUUGAUAAUGCACAGUUUAAUCAAUGUAACUAAAUUAAAACACCUAUCUUUUUUUCUCUCAAACAUUAAGAAAGUUUUUAACACGUAAGAUUUUUAAUUCAUCACGUUUUCAUUGAAUACAAAUGAAAGUUAUCGCUGAUUACUUCCUUACUUUUGCAUAAAAUGAUCAUUGUGAUUAUAUAGCGUGUCAAAAUAAAUGUGUGCCGUUAAAAGAACAUGUUGACAGCGUUUUUGGAUUAUCAGGUGACACUUUUAAUCCAGCAAAUAUUUUGCUGUUCGGUUUUCGAAAGUCAAGUUUUAGUGUUAAAAUAUAAACGGUGCUUCAAAAAUCGUCCGGUUUUCAGAAUUCGAAAGUUUCGGUUUUCAGAAGUUAAAAAUAUAUAGAAAUAAGAACAGAAAAAAACGAGACCUUGAGUUUCAUGCGGUUUUCAAAGGUUUCCGGUUUUCAGAAGUUACACUGUAUAGGGAAAUUCUGGCAGUCAAAAGCCUGAAAUCAGAACCAGUCCUGAAAAAUCCCAGGCCUGUCUAGUGUAAGAGAUGGUAAUUCAAGCGAAAAAUUCUGUACUUGAUCUUCAGCGGUCACAUCAAGGAAGUAUGGAAAGAAAAUAAUAUUGGACAUUAAAACUUUGGCAGCAAGUGUUGGUUCAGUAUCAAAAUAAAGGCUCAGUUAUUCUUGAACAUUUUGAUACCAAGGUAGAAUUUUAUUUUUGAAAAAGAUUAAAAGAAGUUGCCCAGGG